CUUCCUUUGGUGCUUUGUUGCCGGCUCCUUUCUCCUUUUCUAUAAAGUGUAACACCAGAUACACAGUUUCGUUGCUUAGUAGCUUGUCGAACAGUAGAGUAAUUUGUACUAAUACUAGUAAGGAAAACUAAAACAAUAAUAAUAGCCAAACAUGCCAGUCGAACUUUUAAUGAGACCUAUUAUGAGACCAUUGGUUCUCGUCAAGUCUAUCUUGAUCUCUCCACAUCGUCGUUCUUCUCGUUAUAUCCCACACUACAUCGACUUGGACGAAUCGAAGUGUUCGGAAUAUGCAUAUAGAAAGAGGUUCGGAACUGGAUCCAAAAUUUGGGACGUCUAUGACACCAAAACUGAAGGCUCAGGCCCAGCCGGACCAACCUCCCAGAAUGAAUCGCUAUUCUGGUUUAGUAGAUCGAGGGCAGUAAAGGGUGCCUAUAAGAUGUACUCUGCCCAGAUUAGACACACAGGUCCAAAGGGUGAAGAUGAACCAGUGGCAACAUGCAGAGCUGGCUUGAGAUCAAAUGUUUUGUUGAUAAGAGCACCUCAAGCACCAGUUGCGGAAUUGGGCUGGCAUCCAAUCAGCCAUAAAGUCGAUGCGCUUGGUUCGUACAGAAUGUUUACCCUUGCCGAUGGUAAUACUUACCAGUGGACUACAGAAGGAAAGUUUUUAGAGAAAGUCAAAAACGUUGGUGAAAAAGAGUCCGAAGUCAGAGAGAGAGUUGCAAGAGUUGCCCCUGCAGGUAGUGUAGGUUUCAACUUGAUUGUCGAUGACACAAAAAUUCCAAGAGAAAUUGCUCUUUGCUCAGCCCUUAUUUCAUGGGUCGACCAAUGGAACACAAAUCUCUCGUUGGGAGGAAUCUACUAUGCUAGGCAACCCUUCCAUGCUAGAUGGAAAAGAGACUGAUUUUUUGUUCUGCUGCUCUUCCGGCCUUUGUACUGCUAUAGCAGUAUCUUUAGCAUUUAGCUUUCCCCAUUUCCUUUUCAAUGCUUUCUCAAAUAUAAACUCCUUUUUAUAUUAAUGAAUACAACCCCUCCCCCCAAUGCCUCCCCCUUGGGAACAAAGCAUCGUGAGCGAGAUGCAAGAAAAGUGACGUUAGACUGUUGAAGGUGAGUAACUCUCAAUACUGGCAAUUUUUUUUACAGCCACACCCAACUGACGGUAACUGUUAUCUUCGAUUUUUGAAGUCCGGUUUGCAAAUUCAU